UCUUACUUUUACUUCUUAACAAUAGGUUGCGCUAAGAUUAUCAACAAUAACCAUUUGUGUAUGGUGUUAAAUAUGUAUUAUUUUUGUAUUUAGUUCAUUAAGUAGUUCAUUAAUUAAUAUUCUGCGGCAGUACCUUGUAAAAGCCUUAUAAAAUAAUAGUAUCAUAUUAAAAAUAUUACAUAGGUAUACGUUAAUGUUACCAUAAUACUUUGAACCAUGGCUGCGAAAGUGUAUCAAUCAGAUCAGGAAUUGGAAACGAAGGUUAAGAAAGGUUAGGACUCAACUGAGCGUAUAUCUGAAAAUAUGCACAUAGUUGCAAACGAACCAUCUCUUGCCUUUUAUAGGUUACAGGAACAUGUAAGAAAAGCAUUGCCUCCGAUGGUGGAGAAACGUGUUGAAGUGCUUGCUCUUCAGCAGCAACUGUUAGGCAGAUGUUAUGAUGUAGAAUAUGCUGUGAGCGCAAUUAAAACAAUGCAUGGUGCUGGAAAAAGUUUUGAGAAUACAUUAGAAUUUAUAAAAAAUGCAAUAUUUUUCAAACAGCAAUUGAAAUACGAAGAGCAACGUAGACAUAAAAAAGACAGCAAUAGAGAUUCUGUAUACAAAAGACUAUCUGCCCACAUUCCCACAUUAGAUCAUUUACCGGAUGAAAUAUCUGAUGUUGUAAGAGAAACUGCAAAUAGAGUAGAAUCCAUGAUGAAUCAUGCUAGACAUUCUACGGAGAUUCAAAAAACAAGCUAAAUAACUAUUUUUUAUCAUUUCUGAUAUUGUGGAUUUAAUGUGUAAACAAAUUACGAUUAUUAUUAUUACUGCAAAAAGUAUCACCAAGUUGUAAACAGGUAAUUUGCAGUCAGAAAAUAAUCUAAAGGAACAUGUAAUGAAUAUUAUUGAAAAUUAUUAUGAUGCUCUUAAUAUCGUAAAAUAUUUAAAUACUUUCUAUAUAUUUCUGGUAUUUCGUAUUACAUUUGGAAGUUAAUUAUCAUCACUUCAGAAAAGAAUAAUUAAAAUCACACUUUGUUGUUCAUAUAAUCCCAUGUAUAGAAUUAGAUCGCAUAGAUGUCGCUAAAUUCGCAUGAGUGGUGUGUAUUGUCGGACGAAUUGGUGUAUAGAAUGUUGGUUGAUAUAUGAAAUUGUGAUAAAAAAAGACAAAGUAUGAAUUGGAACGAUUGUUGAACGAUAAUGUUCAUUUGAAACAUAUUUUAUUAUUAAAGAAGUUUUAC